AAAAUAGUUAACUUUUCACCUGAUAUGAUAAUCAAUUGAUUAUCACACAAUGAUUUUUUUUUCAAAACACUCAUACAAUUCGCAACAUGGCACGAGCAUGUUUAUUUGUCGUUUUCACGCUAUUUCAGGCCGGUUUUUUGUUUGGGCCCCCUGAGGUGCAGCUUCCAACCGGGGUUAUAAGGGGGCGUGAGGAUACAACAGUGAACAAUAAACAAUACUUUGCUUUCGAGAAAAUACCAUAUGCGGCUCCCCCUAUUGGAGAUUUGCGUUUUAAAGCCCCGGUACCACCCCCAAGUUGGGAGGACCCACUUGAUACCCUCAAUUUGGACGUUUCGUGUUACCAAGUUAGCGGGAAUUCAGAUGAUGAGUCUGAGGAUUGUCUUUACAUCAAUGUUUUUACGCCACAGCUUCCAAGUGAUGGUACCAAUGCUAGUUUACCAGUCAUGUUGUAUAUACAUGGCGGAGGGUUUAUGUUUGGUUCUGGUCGAAACACUUAUUCCGAUUAUAUCAUCGAAGAAGAUGUCAUUUUUGCGACAAUUAACUACAGAUUGGGACCUUUUGGUUUCUUGUCAACUGAGGACCACUACCUUCCUGGAAAUAACGGUCUUAAAGACCAACACUUGGCCCUGAAAUGGACCCAUGACAACAUACACUUGUUUGGAGGAGACCCUGAUAAGAUAACAAUAAUGGGGCAAAGUGCUGGGAGUGCGUCUGUUGCCUAUCAGUUACUAAAUCAAAAGUCUACAGGAUUGUUUCGAGGGGCCAUUUUAGAAAGUGGUUCUUUUUUAAGUCCCUUUGCAUUUCAAAGACGUGCAAGAGAAAUUGCUUUUGCAACCGCAGCUUUUAUCAACGAUACUUUUGAAACAACAGAAAAUUCAGAAGAAUUGUUUGAAUUUUUGAAAGGAGUUGAUGCGAAAGACCUCGAUUUGGCUUCACAGAAGUACCACGAAUCGGAAACGCUUGAAACGGCCCAAAUUUUGACUGGGAGAUAUUAUUCUCCCGUGAUUGAAGAAAAAAAUCCGGAUGCUUUUCUUACGAAAAAAAUGUACCGGUUGUUGAAAGCCGGAAAUGUGGUUCGGGUACCAAUCCUGAUUGGGAUUACUUCGGAAGAAGGACUUGUGUACAACUCUAAUCAAGAUAUUUUAACACAAAACAUGGCGGCUUUUGACGAAAAUGUGUCGUGGUUGGUACCCAAAGACAUGAUGCUGAUCGACGACGAACCUCUCCUCGCGAUGGGAACCCAAAUCAAGUCAAUUUACGUCACUGGGAAUUUAAGUGAUCAGAUUGGUGCCGGCGUCAGGUAUUACAGUGACCACUCUUUCACCCGAUCUGUAAUCAAAACCGCUGAACUUUACUCAAACUUCUCUGACACUUUCUUCUACCAAUUCUCCUACGAUGGCCCCCUUGGUGGUGUCAACAUCCACUACGACGGGGCCGGAAAUGUCGGUCAUGCCGAAGAAUUGAAUUAUCUGUUUUGUCGAGGUUCUGGGUGCAAACGUGACGAUAUUCCAGACUCGGAUAAAUUAACGCGACAAAGACUCAUCAAACUUUGGACUAAUUUUGCUAAAUACCAGAAUCCGACACCGGAAGCCCACGAAUUGUUGCAAAAUGUGACUUGGCCCAAAGUCUCUACUGAAAGUGGCGAUUUCCUGUAUUUGGAUAUUGAUGAAAAUUUGGAAGUGAAGAACCACCCCAAGGAGGAGACUUAUUCCAAAUGGGUGGGGCUCUACGAGAGUCUUGGCUAUGAUAAUUUUGAUACAUAUUAAUUGUAAUUGUGUUAUUAAUUAAAUAAUAAAGAUUUUAUCA